GUCUCGACGCCCCGCCCCUGAGGGGAGGAGACAGCAGCACACCCGGGCCCGUGCUCUGCCCCUAGUUUCGCUGCAUCGCCCAGCAGCUGUCCCUUCCGACUGAUCAACACAACAUCGUCGGCACCUCACUAGAAAUUAUACUUCCUCAACUUCUUGGUCCAACAAACGUUCAACCAGUGACGUAUCUACUCCUGACGUGAGAGGCGAGACUUUGGCUCGCCGCCGGUCCAGAACCAGCGCUCCCCACCUCAUCGUAGCAAUCGCCUGAGCGGCGGGCGGCCAGCGCGGCCUCUGAUUGGUCGAGGCGAAACGCCGCCCGCGCCCCUGCACCCCGCCGCAGGGGAUUGUGGUCCGCCAGCCAGUUCUGCUACCAGCGCGGCCGAAAGCUACCACAGUCGACCAUGGAAGGCCAGGGCUUCAGCUUCGGGCAACCGGUGUCCAUCGUCUGCCCGGUCAUCCGGGCUCCACAGCGCGCCGUCCAGGAGGAACAACAGAGAUGCGCCGCGUCAGAGCCACUCGUCGCCCCUGCGUACGCGCCGUGUCGCCGCCAGGGGAGUGGAGCAGUCGGCAACGCAGACCGCUCUUCGGUGCUGCGCACAGUGACGGCUAAGCAGGCGACAGCAGCGGAUGCCGACAACAGCCGGGCGGUCGUGAUGUACGUCGGCAGAGAUGGGGACACCUCCCCGCCGGGGUCGGCCCCACGCGCCGACGACACACCGCCAGCGGCAGCGGAGACACCCGCAGCGCUCGAUCCACUGCUGUUACUGUGCCGGGCGGCCCAGCAGCAGGGCUACGAAAGCUUAUCGGAAACUGAAGAAAAUGAGCAACAGGUGGCCGUGGGCCCCGACGUACACUUAGGAGAACCGUCAUUCGCAGAUACUUCGCCAGAGAGCACAGGCGCUGGGCAGUACGGAGAAAGUGUGGACGGGCUUCGCGAACUGCCCGUGGAAGAGCACCGCGAACUGGCCGUGGAAGAGCACCACGAACUGUCUGUGGAACAACAACACGAACUGGCCCUGGAAGAACACCACGAACUGCCCGUGGAAGAGCAACACGAACUGCCCUCGCAACGGCAUCACGAAUUGCCCGUAGGAGAGCAUCACCAACUACCUGUCCAAGAGCGCCAGGAGCUGCCCGCUUCGAAUACAAUCCCGAUCGCGAUGAGAGUGAACGGCUUGGAAGUGAGUUGCCAGUUCAGGCAGCUGGACCUUACAGGAACAGCCCUGCUUCCAGCGGACGGCGUCGCCGGCCAGGGCGCCUUGACGGUGGCAGUCGCCCCGGUCUACGAAGAGUCGGGCGUCCCCCAGCCGCCAACAGAGAAGAUCAUCUUCCUGUACCCAGAUCCGUCAUCGGUGUUCGAGGCGCCAGUGCCGCAAGUUGCCGUCCCCGCCAUCGGGGAGAGCGACAGCAGCGCCUUGUGCCAAUACAGCGGCGGUGAGGCGCAACAGCGCUCAGAGUGGCAGCUCAAGGCGAUCGAGUUCAACAACCCGGACAGCAUGAUGGCCUGCUACGAGAGGGACGACAAAGCCGAGCCCCCGGACAGCGGCAGGGACUCGCCGUUUUUGAAAUGCUCGGUGCAGCACGGCAAACGCGCGCUCCAUUUGGACUGCGACUUGGAGAAGUGCUGCAAGUCGAGCGACGAUCACAGCUACGCGGCCCAAACACUGUCGGUCGGCGAUUCCACCGCGCAGCUCUCCGAAAUAGUGGAGGCGUCCCCGUCAGUCGCCCUUCAGGAGCUAGCGCCGACCGAAUGUCCUCAAAAUGCCGACGGCGAAUCACAGAAACCUGACGAAGAGGCAGAUGUAACGAUAGCUACCCCCGAUUCCACUGGAGAAACUCUGACAGCUGGAGCACAAGCUCACCUGCCUGAAGAUCCAGUUCGGGAAGAAACAGUGGUGUGUACGUCUGAAGUUCAGCCCAACAGUGACACUAUAGAAAGCGACGUCAACAGCCCUGCAACGGCUGCACCAGAUGCAGUCGUGACCACAGUAACCUCACAGGACGGAACGGCAGGGGAGAACUUGAAAACACCAGAUGACAGAUUGGACGACUCCGCGCCGAAUGACUGCCAUACAAACGGCGAAGUGAGGAAUGCCGCCACGGCGCCGAUCGGAAGACGAAGAAAGAACCCGGUGCGCCGCCACAUCCUUCCCGCCACACCGCCCGUCGGUCGCAAACCCGUAGGCAGGAAACGCGCAGCAGCCGCACCGCCAGAGGCGGCCGUCGUCAGAAGAGGGCGAAAGAAGCGCGCCGCGCAGCCCGACCCUCCCGAGGAACCAGAGAAGCAGCACGCCCGAGCAAACACGUACACCGCCCAGGAGCUCAUCCUGCCGGAGCAAGUUGCCAAGGCUGCUUCGGAGAGACCCAACGCAGUCUCCAACACCGGUUCUACACUCAAAAGGGGGGGAGGACGCCGGCGGCGAGGAGCUGAGCCCGGCCGUCGUCGUCGGCCUGCUGCAGCACUGGCUGACAGCACGGUGGACGAGGAGGUGGCGGCGGUAGCCCGCGACACGCACCGCAAGAAGGGUCUGAGGGACACAGCGGCUCGGCGCGCUGCCGAGGCCAGCGGCCGCUGUUGCGUCCAGUGGACGCUGCAGCCCCUGUCCGGACAGGAUCCACCGUUGAGGCUGAUUGUGAAGCGCACCCUAACAGUGAGCAAGAGCUCUGACCUUGCAGCAGAGUAUGCAGCUAAUGAAGACAUUACAUCGCCGAAACCAGGACCACGUGGAAGGCGGCACAGUACUAAUGACUGUCAGUCUAACCGUCGAGAGAGCCAAAUGGACAGUUCUCUCCGUUUUAGCCAGAACGUGGACCAGCCUGACAGUAGCAUGCAAUGGCGCAAACGGCGAAACCCUGUAUCACUUUCAUCAGUUGAUGGCGAGGAAGAUGCCAGUAAUGAUGCUGAUGAUGAUGAAGAAGAUGAAGAUGAUGAUGAUGAUUAUGAUGAUGAGGACUGGGUUCCUAAGAGCUACAAGUACAGAAAAUCUGUUGCUGGAGCACACAGCAACUUAAGUAAGAGGGUGCAUUUGGCAAAGCGAAGAAAAUCUAUUAACGUUGGAACUGAUGACUACUUAAAAAUUUCGUGUGUAAAAACUGUAGAAACAGUGACAGCAUCCCCUGAACAGGUGGCAGAAACAAACAAGGAAGAGUCUCUGAUCACAUCAACAGAUACUAUGCAUCUACCUGAAAGGGAGAAGACUGCAGUGGUUGAAACAACUGUAACAGCUGUUGUGGAUACACCCAAAUCAUCAGUUGAAGAACAUGUUCCUGAUACUACUCAAGUCACAGUGACAUCCCACUCUACCACUGAAUGCAGUCAACCACUUGUGUCGCAGAUCCGACACAAAGUCUCUUGUGAUACUUAUGAGACUUGUCAAGAGCCAGCACCAAAGAAAUACAAAAAGGCAUGGCAGGAAUUAUGGAGUGCUCAACAAAAUAAUGUGUCAUCACUUCCAGAGGUGGCAGGUAGAAGUAAAGAAUUGCAACAUGAAGAAGAGAGAUGCACUAGGGACCUCACACAACCACCAACAGCAGAGACACGAAUUGUUGCCUCUCCAUCUUCAUCUAGUCAUAUGGAUCAACAGGACACUUCAGAAGGGCAGUGUAAAGGCAAGGUAGGCAUAACAAGCAAAAUAUCAUCUCAGCUGACUGUGGCGCCUCACAGUCUAAGUGAUGAUUCAGUGGAAACACUCAGUGAUACAACUACAGAUGAGUCUGAUAGUGAAGCCAACCCAGUAAUAAUGCAUCAGAAAUUCAGUAGUUUAGUCCAACAUCAGGAUGUCGCAGUACAUGCUUCACAGCAGCCACAGGGACUUACUACGCAGCAGCAGCAGCAAGGACUUAUAGCUGAAGCCUGGUACAUGGUGAACAGACGAAUGAUGAGAGUGCAAGUUCAAGGUCGCCUUGAUGGUGCAUUGAACAAAGUACCUCAAGAAAUAAUUGAACACUGUGUGCAACAACUGAAGAGAUCAGAUGAAUCUGUUCACUCAUUGCAUUAUAGUCUCUUUCCUUCAAACUAUUUACCUGUGCAUAAUCAAGAAGUAAAGCCGUUUUUGUGUCGCCACAUUGGGUGUGGAGUGGAGUGUCCAUUCUAUCCACCUUGCACACGUGUUAAACAAGAGCUUGUGGAUGAUAUUCAACUUUACCAUCAGCAUCCAAUAUUCACACCAUCCUCAGGGAUGUUCCCAUAUGAUGGUCAGCCACUGGGUUGUGCUAAUGUGGUGGUGCAAACAGAAGGCUGUUUUAAAAAGGACUGUUACCGAAGAAAGGAGGUUGCUGCGGACAGUGAGAAGCAUGGGAGUGACAAUAAAACCAUUGUAAUUCAAAUUUCGGACUCAGAUGAUGACUGCUCUGGAAAUAAUAGUGCCGAGAGUGGUAAAAUUCAAGGAGGGGAUGAAACAAAAAAUGAGCGUGGACAGAGGAGGAGACACCGUACAUUUAGCACAGAGAGACGAAGAAAGAAGAAAGUAAUUAUCUUUAAAAAAAUUAAUGGAGAAUACAGAAGUACAGAGAGAAGUGUUAAUGCAGUACAGCAAGAAAGCAGCUCUCUCUCACAAGUAGUAGAAGAAUCACCUCCACAUGGCAGAUCAUCCCAACUUCCCUCCACAGAGGAAUUGGCCAGGGACAUAAGCUCUCAUUCACAGAAACACAUUGAACAAGUGACCCAACGUGAGCAUGAUAUUCAGGUUCCAGAAAGUUUUUAUCAUUCCUCAAGUAUCAACCUUCAAAGCAAUUUUAUUCCUUUAAAUGACUCAAAUAGGCCUUUACUUGACAAAGAAGAUCCGAACAAAAGUAGCACAUGUCUACCAGAUUCUGCUGAAGAAUGUAAUAAUUCAAAUGCAAACGAUGCAUUAAAAAUGAAAGGCAGCGCACAACAAUUUCAAGAGAUGACUGAAGAAAAAACACAGGACAUACAUCUAAGCAAUUCCCAACAUGAAAAGCUACAGCACGAUAUUACCAAAAGAAAACUUGCUAGUGCAGAAGAAAUUACAGAAUCCGAGAAUCAGAUAAGUAUCUCUGCUGUUCCUGGACCUGAUAUGCAUUUGUCAGUUAACAAAGAUCGAAGUGCUAGCCCUCAACUGAACAGCAGCUUGCCAGUGCCAGGUAAUAACUGUUUGAGAGAGGGAACUACACCAAAAAGUGAUGGUGAAACCGAAAAUGUAUCAUUGGAUCGCAGUGAAUUAGUUACAGGCAAUGACAGAAAACAUUCAGAAAAAUGUGAUGAACGAAAGCUAGCACAUCUAACAGUAGACACUGACUGUAGAGUGCAAAAGAGUUGUGAAGCUUCAAAUAACAUAGACAAGAAAGAGACUGAUGGUAUUCAUGGAGGGGCUUUGAACAAUGUGUGUCAAGAAACCUGUGAAUCAUCUGGUGAUAUGGUUAUGAGACAGGAUACUAACAUCCACCAGGCAGAUAUGAAUGAUGUGGCUCAAGAGCCUUGUGAAAUGUCCGGUAAUAUUGUUAAGAAAGUGGCCGAUGACACUCAUGAAAUAGAUUUGAAUAAUGUGGCACUAAAAACCUUUGAAGCAUCUGAUAACAUACUGUUGAAACAAGUUGAUAAGGCCCAUGGAGCAGAUUUGAAUGAUGUGAGUGUGAAGGAGAGACUCUUUGCAGCUCAGAUAUCAACAAAACAGGAUUCCAAAAGUAGAGGGGAUGUUAGACAAUCUAAGGAAGAAAGCAAGUUGGAAUUACAUUGUGACGAGAAUCGGCAACAACAUUUCAAUACAGAUAAACAACAUUCCUUAAAUGAAACUAAUGAAAUGAGCCAAUCAAAUAACAAGCAAAACACAGAAGAUACGAAGAUGGAAAAUUCAACUGAUAGCAGGACUAACCCAGAGGACCUGAUAGACGAGAUGGAAGUAACAGGCAAGUUAAAGAAGCCAGAUGAAACAACUAAUGAAUUAGAAGGCAUUGCUGUAGCUAGGGAGGAGACUCAAGACAAUUCCAAUAAAGAAACACUAAGUCCUGGGGCAGUGUGUGUGACAUCACAGUGUGAGUAUGUUACAACUGACACAAAUUUGCAGGAAAGGAUAAACCUAAAAGAUACCACCAGCCCAUCACAUGUAGUCACCACUGUUGCAGCAGACAGUGAGACACCACAACCAGGAGCUGAAGUAUCUUCAGGAAAUUUAAUUGAUCAACUGUUACAGAGUCAGCAAAAUUCUAAAGUCUUUGAUCCUCUCGUGUCCUUGAUAAAGACAAGACCAAUUGUUGGGGAUUCUGCUUUGCGGUAUGAGAUGAUGGUAAAGAAGGAGCUGGCUAGGAUAUACCAGAAGGAAGCUAAGCAAAAGAAGAAGAAAAGUAAAAAGCAAAUAAGCUCUGCAGGUAAAUCAGAAACAAAGAAGACCAAAAAAAAACCAAAAGGAUUUUGCAGCUUUAGUGGUAACGAUAAAGGCAUGGAUGGAUGUGGACCUGGAAAAGGUGGGUUCGGUGGAGACACACUUACUUUUACAGCUAUUGUGAGGAGCUAUGGUGGUGACUGCAUCUCCAACUUGUACCGUAGUCUCUCGACUAAAGGUGUUAACAUUCACAAAAAGUGCAAGGCGCUUAUGAAACAGUCUACAGAUUUUUCAAAUUCUUUAGAUAUUACAUGUUGGUUGCUCUAUUUUGGUUUCCAACAUGUGUGUCUGUUCAGUAUUUAACAGCAGGUAGAAGUGGACAAAAUAGAAUGUGCUCUGUCAGAAAAAUUUAUUUUAAUUGUGGUAACUCAGUAAACGUCACAAAAAACCCUCAUUGACAGUUCUGUAUGAAGUCUCUGUAAAAAAUGACAAAAUUGAAACAGCAGCACAAAUGUACCAUUUUUACCUACUUAAUUUCAAUUGCAAAUAUCUACCUGAAUAUCAGCUCAAGGGACAGAUGUGCCUAUGUUUUGCAACAUCCAGAGUUGUUUUAGGUCUACGAGUGAUUUCUCACAAAAUUGUAACUUCACAGAAGUGAUAAAAAUGCCAAAGCUGCUUGUGUAAGACUGAAAAAGUUAAUUUUAUAUGUAAAAAGAAAUACAAUUAAACAAGAUAAGUUUAUUUUGUUUAAUUAUCACUGAAACUGAAAAAAAAGAAAAACUAAGAUAUGUGGUUACAGUUAUUUUGCUCUUAUCUAUAAAUCUA